GUCUUGAAAUAGAUGCCACACCACAUGUGAUGAGCGCAAUCGAAUUGUUCCCCAUAAUGGCAGAGCUAACAAAACCUGAGACGACAACCUCUGUUUCAGAGAAAGAUGUAAAAUCUCCAAAUAUAAUUGAAAGGACUAAGGAAGAGGUUGAGGCCAUAAUUCACUCUGAGAAAUCUCCUCACCAUCACAAGGAAAUGCAUGGAACGAGUGAUGGCAUUGGUGAGAGCACCCCGAUCGAUGAAGUUAAAGGACCAAAUGUAUUCGAACGUAUGAAGGAAGAAAUCGAAGCUGUUGUGCAAUCAAUUCUUCCAAAGAAAUGAUCAAAUACAUUCAUGGAUUGUCCUUUACAUGUUUUUUUUCUGAGAAGAUUUGGGUAUAUUUAUUUUCAUUUACAGAGUGCCAAUGAUGAACUUUUGUAAUUUAUCUCUGUGCUAUUGAACUACUUGGAUGAAAUGAAGUAUGGUGUGGCUUGUUUGAUUCUGCAAUGUUGCUCUUUUAAGGGAGAAAUAGAUUUUAUCCAGUCCUACAAUGACUGAUUUGUUGGUGGAUUUUAUUGAUUAACCUUGAGUAAUAUUUUGGACAUGUUACCAUAGAACUGAUUGGAGAUGAGAAUGCUUUCGAAAAGGG